ACAACAUCUUCCAGCUCACUGUGGAGAUGUUCGACUACAUGGACUGUGAGCUGAAGCUUUCUGAAUCAGUUUUUCGGCAGCUCAACACAGCCAUCGCCGUGUCCCAGAUGUCCUCAGGCCAGUGCCGCCUGGCCCCACUCAUCCAGGUCAUCCAGGACUGCAGCCACCUCUACCACUACACGGUCAAGCUCAUGUUCAAGCUGCAUGCCUGCCUCCCAGCGGACACCCUGCAGGGCCACAGGGACCGGUUCCACGAGCAGUUCCACAGCCUCAGAAACUUCUUCCGCCGAGCCUCUGACAUGCUCUACUUCAAGCGGCUCAUCCAGAUCCCCCGGCUGCCUGAGGGACCCCCUAACUUCCUGCGGGCCUCAGCCCUGGCUGAGCACAUCAAACCCGUGGUGGUGAUCCCCGAGGAGACCCCGGAGGACGAGGAACCCGAGAACCUCAUAGAGAUUAGCACCGGACCCCCCGCCGAGGAACCAGCGGUGGUGGCCGAUCUCUUUGAUCAGACGUUUGGACCCCCCAAUGGCUCCGUGAAGGAUGACAGGGACCUCCAGAUCGAGCACUUAAAGAGGGAGGUGGAGAUGCUCCGCGGCGAGUUGGAGAAGAUGAGGCUGGAGGCGCAGCGGUACGUGGCGCAGCUGAAGGGCCAGGUGAACGCGCUGGAGGCCGAGCUGGAGGAGCAGCGCAAGCAGAAGCAGAAGGCGCUGGUGGACAACGAGCAGCUCCGCCACGAGCUGGCGCAGCUGCAGGCGGCGCGGCAGGAGGGCGAGCGUCACCAGGGCCUGCGCGAGGAGGCCGAGAGUGCGUGGGCCGGGCCGGCCCUCGUCAACGCGCACGCCGAGCUGCUCAGGAAGAACGCAGACACGGCCAAGCAGCUGACGGUGACGCAGCAGAGCCAGGAGGAAGUGGCGCGAGUGAAGGAGCAGCUGGCCUUCCAGAUGGAGCAGGUGAAGCGCGAGUCCGAGAUGAAGCUGGAGGAGCAGAGCGACCAGCUGGAGAAGCUCAAGCGGGAGCUGGAGGCCAAGGCCGGGGAGCUGGCGCGCACGCAGGAGGCCCUGAGCCGCACAGAGCAGAGCGGGUCGGAGCUGAGCUCGCGGCUGGAUGUGCUGAGCACCGAGAAGGAGGCGCUGAGUGGGGCUGUGAGGCAGCGCGAGGCCGACCUGCUGGUGGCCCAGGGCCUGCUGCGCGAGAAGGAGGCAGCGCUCAGCCAGGAGCAGCGGCGCGGCGCCCAGGAGAGGGGCGAGCUGCAGGGGCAGCUGGCGGAGAAGGAGUCCCAGGAACAGGGGCUGCGGCAGAGGCUGCUGGAUGAGCAGUUUGCGGUGUUGCGGGGUGCCGCUGCUGAGGCUGAAGGCAUCCUGCAGGACGCCGUGAGCAAGCUGGAUGACCCCCUGCACCUGCGCUGCACCAGCUCCCCAGACUACCUGGUGAGCAGAGCCCAGGCUGCCUUGGACACCGUGAAUGCCCUGGAGAAGGGCCACGCCCAGUACCUGGCCUCCCCUGCAGACGCUUCCGCCCUAGUGGCAGCCCUGACCCGGUUCUCCCACCUGGCUGCUGACACUAUUGUCAACGGUGGCGCCACCUCGCAUCUGGCCCCCACCGAUCCCGCUGACCGCCUGAUUGACACCUGCAGGGAGUGUGGGACCCGUGCACUGGAGCUCGUGGGGCAGCUGCAGGACCGACAGGCUGUGCCUCAGGCACAGCCCAGCGAGAUGCGGACCCCACUGUGGAGCAUCCUACAGCUGGCCCAGGAGCUGAAGCCCAAAAGCCUGGACGUGCGGCAGGAGGAGCUGGGGGCCAUGGUGGACAAGGAGAUGGCGGCCACGUCUGCAGCCAUUGAAGAUGCUGUGCGGAGGAUUGAGGAUAUGAUGAACCAGGCCCGCCAUGCCAGCUCGGGGGUGAAGCUGGAGGUGAAUGAGAGGAUCCUCAACUCCUGCACAGAUCUGAUGAAGGCCAUCCGGCUCCUGGUGAUGACGUCCACCAGCCUGCAGAAGGAAAUUGUGGAGAGCGGCAGGGGGGCAGCUACGCAACAGGAAUUUUAUGCCAAGAACUCCAGGUGGACUGAAGGCCUCAUCUCAGCCUCCAAGGCAGUGGGCUGGGGAGCCACACAGCUGGUGGAGUCGGCUGACAAGGUGGUGCUACACACAGGCAAGUAUGAGGAGCUCAUCGUCUGCUCCCACGAGAUUGCAGCCAGCACGGCCCAGCUGGUGGCAGCCUCCAAGGUGAAAGCCGACAAGCACAGUCCCCACCUGAGUCGCCUGCAGGAAUGCUCCCGCACUGUCAAUGAAAUGGCUGCCAAUGUGGUGGCCUCCACCAAGUCAGGCCAAGAGCAGGUCGAAGACAGAGACACUAUGGACUUCUCAGGCCUGUCCCUUAUCAAGCUGAAGAAACAGGAGAUGGAGACCCAGGUGCAUGUCCUAGAGCUGGAGAAGACACUGGAGGCGGAGCGUAUGCGGCUUGGGGAGCUGCGGAAGCAGCACUAUGUGUUGGCAGGGGUGGCGGGGACAGCAGCGACGCCCGGUGAGGAGAAGCCCAGCCGGCCCAGUGCUGCCCCCCGAAGUGGCACCACCAAGAAGCCACCCCUGGCCCAGAAGCCUAGCAUGGCCCCCAGGCAGGACCACCAGCUUGACAAAAAGGAUGGCAUCUACCCGGCUCAACUUGUGAACUACUAGGCCCCGGAGGGUCCAGCAGGGCAGCUGAUGGGCGGGCCUAGGCCUCAUGUGGCUGCCCUGACAGGGCCUAGGGGCCUCCAAGGGCCCAGCCCUGCACCCGGUGCCCAAGUCCCCUGCCCCACUGCCUGGAUCAGUGUCCCUAAGGCUCCUGGCCGAUCCUGAUGGGGCCUGGGCCAUACGGGAUGGUUCUUCUGGACGUUGAGUCUAUUUAUCUGCAAUAGUAACUUCCGAGAGCAGCCAGAACCCAACAGGCCUGAGCCACUCUCUUCAGGAAAUACAUGGAACAGUUUCAAUGUUCCAAGUUAAGAGCUUUUCCUCCUAAGUUUAUGGUCAGCACACUGGGAAACAGGGCCAUUUGAGGGGCCUCUUCUGCUUUCUGGACUCAGCCUGCUGUUGUAGACGAAUAAAAACAUGGUCCAUGCGGGCUGUGGGGACAAGGGUGGCUUUCUUGGGGCACUGAUCCCAUGAGGCCAAGUGCAUGCCCAUCACAGGCUAUGUGGCCUGCCGCUCUAGGGCAGGGUGGGGAGUAUUGUCCCUUUCUUCUUGGGCCUGGUGCUAGGGCUUCCGUGCUGGGAGCUCCAAGAGGAGGUCAGAUGCUGGAGGUGACCACUGUCUGGGGAUCAAGACAAAGAAGUGAGCAGAGGCUGCUGCCGCACCGACGGAACCCAACCCAGGUGCCGCCCUUGCUCCUGGAGUUCCCAUUGCCAGCUGGAAUCUGCAGCCACCCGCCCAUUUCCUGUUUUCCAUUCCCUGGAUCUUGCUGCCCCUGCCCUGGAGGCCCAUUCUGGCCACUUUCCCAUCAUUUACCUUUAAGGGUGGGUUCCAGCCUUCCUGAACUAGGCCCUCCAGUUUGGCCAGAAAUAAGCCCAGAAACCAGGAGCUGCCUGUCUGCCUUCUGGGGGAUCAGGAAGCCCCCUCAGGCCCUCAGGGAGGGGUGGCCUGCUGGUCAGAUCUGAAUGAAUUUUGUCUUUGAGCCUGAGUGGCCCGAGAGGUGGGACCAGACUGGGAGGGUGGAUCCAGCAGCUGGGCUGGAGGAGCACGGGCCGUACCCCCCAGCUCCAUCCCCUGUUCCUCCUGCUUCAGCCCUAUAUGCCUCCCAGCCCCCUCCUUAGCCCUUUGCCCUGGGAAGGCUACAGAUAGGGGCCAAGGUCUGGGAAUGGGCAGGAGCCAGCUCCUGUGCUUUAUGUAUUUCUUGUGUUGAGGUAUUCUCUGGGCAAUAAAACGCACUUUGACUGUU